UCUCACUCAGUUACACUGAAAGAUCUCUCCGAGGUAUAUUGUGUAUUAUUAGGUCUAAACAAAUGGCUGCGGCAUUGGUUACUAACGGGGAUAUCCCGGCGCCGGCCACAGGCCGAGUUGCCUCCAUCUACAGCGAGGUCCAGGCGAGUCGCAUCGACCACGCCCUCCCUCUCCCUACCGUGCUCAGAAACCCCUUCAAGAUCGUCGAAGGACCACCUAGUUCCGUGGCUGGCAAUCCAGAUGAAAUCGCAAAGCUUUUUCCUCAACUUUUCAGCCAACCAUCUUCCUUGGUGGUGCCGAGCGAUUUUGACUCUAACGAUUCGCAGAAAAAGUUGAAAAUUGGUGUCGUUUUGUCGGGAGGCCAGGCACCUAGAGGGCACAAUGUCAUUUCUGGAAUUUUUGAUUACUUGCAGGAGCGUGCUAAAGGCAGCGUAUUGUACGAUUUCAGGGGAGGUCCAGCUGGAAUCAUGAAGGACAAGUAUGUGGAACUUACACCAGAAUAUAUUUACCCGUACAGAAACCAAUGGAGGUCCAUGAUCAUGUGUAAAGAUAGCUGCUUCUGA